AUGCACAUGAUCUUUAUGCGAUUGACAUAUGCCGACUGCAAGCGAUGCAUCACCGUGAGCGAUCGUUGGAGAGACGCUUUAUUACAUUGGCCUCGACUUUAUCAAAGGCUGGGAAGCUACAACUAUGACCUUGUCAAGGACAAUGCUGAUCACGUGCGCAGCGAGUGGAUUACAGAGUUGGAUUUUUUCUUGGAGGAGCACAUGUUCAGGAAGUUGCAGUUUAUUGUGCGUCUUCAUUGCAGCAAUGUACGAACAAUCAAGAUACAAUGCAAAGGGAACAAGACAAUGACCAAGUUUAUGGAGCUAUUGAAGCAAACGGGCGACAAGUUGCGAUACCUUGAGCUCACGGUGACAGACGAUGCUGCUUCCUUCAAUGAUCCUAUUCGACAAGUAUUCCAACAUUGCCCCAACCUGGUCUAUUUCGACUAUCAGGAAUCGGGUAUUCUACUUGACAAGGGCACCUACGGCACCAUUGCGACCUCACGCAUGAUGAGUGAAUAUCCAGUACUACAUCAUUUGACCCAUUUGCAUUUGGGGAUGACUAUCAUUGGUCCAAUCGACAUGUGCUCCAACAUUAUCAAAUAUACGCCAUCCUUGAUACAGUUUUCCACAUCAGCAAAAACUUGCCCUCCUAUAUCAACGCUCACUACAGCAUGUCCACAACUAUCAACCGUGUUUCGUGGAUCGAUCAAUGGAUUGAGUAUGCAGGCUUCAUGUGUCCAACGCCUACAUUUAUAUGAGCAUGAUCCUUUGGUUGGCCCGGCAACGCUUAAAAAUGACGACCUGAAUGAUACGACAACAGCUACAUCAUGCCUGACAACAAUCCAGACCCAUGUCACCAAUGAGAUCUUACCCUCCAAAACCAUACGUUCACUUGCUGUGAAUUGUAGCGGCAGCAACAACUCUGGCCUUGUACUAAUGAUGGACGACUCUUCAUUUCCAGCGCUUACCACGUUGUACUUAUCCGACGAUCCCCGUUCAUGCAGUUUAAUGACACCACUUGCCGCCCUUGUGAAGCAUUGCCCCAACCUGAUCCACCUUGGUUUAUCAUCACAGCGAUUUGUUAACGAUGACAAUGUCGUCUUUAUCAUGAAUAACAUGCCGCACGUGACAUCCUUGCAAUUGGUCGGUCCAUCCAGCCAUGUAUCAAGCGAAAAGCUUGUACAACUUGCGCAUUGUGACAACUUGAAGCAUUUGAAUCAAUUACGCUUUCGACGCCUUGAACAAGUGAACGAUGACGUACUUGAUGCCUUGAUGGAGACACGUUUGGAUACGCUUAUCAGUUUAUCAUUGGAACACGGCCUCGGGGUCACAGAUGCAGGUGCUCGACGCCUUGUGGAUGCAUUAAAGGACAAAUCUCAGCUACGUCGACUUAAACUUGGUACUCUUUUCUGCGGCAGGACGUUCUACACCAUUGUGAAAUAUGCACGUACACAAUUGCCACACAUUUCUGUCACCGAUGAGUUUGGAGACAUUCUGAAUCAUUCAAAACACGAAUACCCAUGA